GGCUGUAGGUUUUACACCAUUUGUUUUGAUCAUAAUUAUAUUGUUGACAGCAAAUGUGCGGACAUAAAACAGUUGAGUAUUUAACAAGUAAACAUGUGGAACCUGAAGCAUAAAUCGCAACGGUAAACACAUGCAUAGUACCAUUGAUGACUAGUAGGUUGUCCACGGCGUAGAGACACUAUUUUGGGCAAGAAAAAUACUCUCGAGUCUCGUACAACAAUUCCAACUUGAUAACUGCAGAAGAACCGACAGCUUUAAGCACCCUAGUGUCAAGCCACGUUAAAUAACCAUUCAAUAGGAAUCGGAUUCAAGAGACUAACAUGGGAUCAGGCAGUUCGUCGUCGGCGCAACCGGCGGCUAGAGCUAACGGUCAACCGCCCAAGGGACGCACCGGCAAUGUGACGAAUACGGACACAGAUAUAGGCAGACGGGGACCCACACAGGUGGUCCGACAGCUGUAUGCUCCCGCAGGGGCGCCGGCCAUUUAUCACGGGACCGUCCGACCCAAGCCCAACUUCGAACCCUCCAAGGAAGCGGAGAAUCUGAAGAUAGCCAUGCAAGGAACAGGAACUAAAGACAAUCUCUUGAUUGACGUGCUGACGUCAUGCGACCGUUGCCAGAGACAACUUAUUGCCGAGGCGUACCAACAGAAAUACGGCAAGGAUCUCCUAAAAGAAAUUAAAUCAGAGGUCAGUGGCGAUUAUGAAAGCGUAGUGGAGAAACUGAUGGAGGCAGGGCCCCAGUACGACGCCUGGCUGCUGCACGAAACAAUGGAUGGACUUGGGACGGAUGACGACGCGUUGAUUGAGAUUUUAAGUUUCCGAAGCAAAGAGGAACUCCAGGCGAUACAGAAAGAAUACCUGAACAGAUACCAGAGGCAGUUAUCCGAGGACAUCAAGGGCGACACCAGCGGCAACUUUGAGAAACUCUGUCUCAAGUUAAUGGAGGGCAACAGGGAUGCUCCCCACGUCCUGGUGGCGUCCUUUGCCGAUGCCGAUGCCAAGACUCUGUAUCAGGAAGGCGAGGACAGAAUCGGAACGUGGGAUGAUCUAUUUAUAGACAUCUUCACCUCGAGGAGCUGGGACCAACUGGGUUGUGUCUGCGACUCUUACAAAAAGCUGUACGGCAAGACAAUAGAAGAAGCACUGGAAAACGAAUUCUCGGGAGAUAUUCUCUUUGGGUUGAAGAAACUUGUUGCCUUUGCGCGAGACAGAGCCGAGUAUUUCGCCACCAAGCUGUACAGCAGUCUGAGCGGUCUAGGCACGGACGACGAGGCGCUUCAGAGGCUCGUUAUCAGCCACUGUGAGACCGACAUGCUUGAGAUCAAGGAGGCUUUCAAGAACAAGUUCGGCAAGACUCUCGGUAACAUGAUACGAGAUGAUUGCUCCGGUAACUACAAGACGGUCUUACUAGCUCUCAUCAAUUAAAUAAGGAGCCUCGCCCUUCCCCAACAUACGACAAUUACAUUUUCAAUUUGUAAAUAUAUGAUAUUGUUCCUUCUCUUGUCACUUUGUGUGCGUAUUAUAAAAACUCUUAUGGGCUAAAGUAUAUCAACCAUUUCAGAUUCCGUCCAGAAUUUCUCUUGAAUUGUGUAUGUUUUUAAUUCAAUUUACCUUUUUCUUGUAAAUGACUGUGCAAUUCAGCCUUUGAGCUGCUAACUGUUGAUAAUUAACCCAAUUAAUAAUACUAAUUAGUAAUAAUCAUGCAGAGUGCUUUGUCGUGCAGUUUUUUUAAUUACUUGAUAUUAGUUGAUGUUCUUAUUGUUUUUGAUUAUAUUUUCUGUAUCAAAUUCAAAUAUAACAGAGUCAAUUAUAAGUACAAUCAAUUCGAUAGCAACUCAUCAAAAUAUAUGCUAAAUUAAAGUUGAUAUUCCAAAUGCAGUUGCCAUUAGUGUUCACAAAACCAGUUUAUGUGAUAAAAAAGGUCUUUCGGCAUUAUGGACGCCAUUUUGAAUAGUGCAACUGUAAUUCGCUCACAGCAAAGGAAACGUGACGGAUUGUGGGUAUUCUUCUGCCAUUAUCAAUGCUUGUUUUAGUGCAGUGCAGGCGUGUGUAUAGACCUACUUCGUCCUAGACUGUUCAGUAAUUUUUUGCCUAUUCAAACAAAAUUCUUUUGUACUUGUUAUUAGGUAAAUUUCUUUUAUGAAUUAUAAAGGUAUUUUUAUUGUAAAUAACUCGCUAGAGGCUGUCAUCUUGUAACUUUUCUCAGUAUAGCCAUUUAUUUUUCAAGUCUGCUGAAGUUUUGCUAUAUGUAAAGACAACUUACAAAGAUAAUAAAACAUUAAAUACGCGUUAUGGAAUUUGAUUUCUGA